GUAUUUGUAAAACAUUUGCUGAAACCAUCUUUACUUUAUAUAGCACCAUCUCUGUCACUUUAAUAGGCAAAUGCUUGUCGUAUCUUUUCUAUCCGCUACACUUGCUCUGCUAGCUGUUUCUGUAAAUGGCCAAGCCAAUGUUACUGGAAACUGCAUUAGUGGUCGAAUCAACUUCGAUCCUCGUCGUACCUAUGCCAACCUACAUCCUGGAACUACUAUACCUGACCUGAAUGUCGCCACUUAUGAUGCUCUCAUUGAUUAUGGCUCGGCAGCAGUGGUAUUCAAUCCCACUGGCGGUGUAAGUUUGCAGCUUAAAAAAAACCCUGCUGGAACUGCUGCCGAUGGUGUGCGUUUGUCCACUACUCGAUAUGUUCAGUAUGCCAAAAUCACUGCUCGGUUUACUGCUCUGAGCGUCCCUGGAACCGUCACCACCUUUAUUACUAUGUCUGACCGUCAUGAUGAAAUAGACUGGGAAACAGUGGGUGCUUCAAAGACGACUGCUCAGACUAAUGUGUUUUAUAAAGGCAUCCAAGAGUUUGCAAUCCACUCUACUACUGAGACUAUUCCUCCUGCUGCUGGUGCUAGCAGUGGUGAUACGGGUGUGGCUCAUGACUACAUCAUUGAUUGGAAACACGAUACUCUUUCAUGGGGUAUUGAUGGCAAGAUCCUGCGCACUCUGAAUAAGAAUACUUCUGUUUCGCCCUUGACUCCGCCUGGAGAAAAAUGGUAUCCAUCAACUCCUUCUCUCAUUCAGAUCUCUGUGUGGGAUGGUGGCGCAUCUCCAAAUGCCGGUACUUCCAACUGGGCUGGUGGCCCUAUUCCGUGGGGAUCGCAGACCGUUCUAUCUGCCACUUAUGAAUACAUUGACAUUCAAUGCUACGAUGACAAUGACCAGCCUGUUCCCAAGUGGCCUGCUAGUGCGGCUAACCCUGACCUCGCCUCGGCUCCUGCAUCGCAGCCUACUAGCAAUGCUCCACUUCCUCCCAAAUCUGGUGGUGGUACUAAUUCUGGUGGCAGUAAUAGUGCUGGUGGUGUGUCCGUUCCAAAUGGUGGAGUUGAAGGUGUCACUACCUCGCUACCCUUUAUGCUUGUUGCUACUGCCAUGGCUGGCCUUUUUGGUUUAAUGGCACUCUAAUGCGCUAAAUCAGCCUUUUCAAUGGCAUCUAUUGGGAAUAAUUUGUAUUUUCAGAGCAGAUUCCCUAUUACGCUGCAUUGUCUAGUUCUAAUCUACUUCCGGCCUAUCUUUGAGGGCAUUCUGAGCCCUCCGUGUGUACUAGUAAAAUGUUUUUUACCCUCUAUUUGUCUCAUACUGGACACAAUAUAUAUAACAUUAACAGAUC